AUGCUGUACCUUGAGGAUUAUUUGGAAAUGAUUGAGCAUCUGCCGCAGGAACUCAGAGACAGGUUUACCGAAUUGCGUGAAAUGGAUUUAUCUGUUCAAAAUAACAUAGAUACAUUGGAAAAAAGAGUACGUACACUUUUCGGAGGCUGUCGACGUGGUGAGAUCAAUACCGACCAAGCCAAUACUGAAUUUGCCGAUAUCAAAAGGGGGUAUAAUAAAACCAUAGAAGAGGCAGACGAAAAAAUGGCUUUGGCUAACCAGAUGUACGAUUUGGUUGACAGAUACUUGCGGCGAUUGGAUACAGAACUGCACAAGUUUAAAUGUGAGCUGGAAGCUGACAACAAGGGGAUUACAGAACUAUUAGAGAAGCGUUCACUAGAAUUAGAUACAAACACCAAUCAUACCGGCACUUCCAGCAGUAGUCAUUACAAAGAUAACAGCAGAUACCGUAUUCGUGCUGAAAAGCGGCGAAACAGUUGGAACAACCGGGAGUCCCGAGGACAAACAUCUGGAAAUCUUUCAAGGACUGAUUCUGCCAUUCAGGCUGCUUUAGGCAGGGACUCGUAUUCUCUGGGUCAUGCCGGUAGCGCUAUAGCUGCAGCAGCCAGUCAGGCUAUAGCCGCAACACAGCAGAUGCAACAUGGCCGUCGUACGGCUUCGUUGAAGGCGUCGUACGAGGCCGUGCAAGGCGGAGAUCUCGCACAUCAUGCGUUGCAGGCACAUCAUACACAUCAUGAACAUGGACACGGUAUGGCAGCUGGCCACAGUCAGACUAAUAAUGUACACGGCCAUCAUACAACUUCGCACAGCCAUAACAGUUCUUCUUCUUCAUCUAACAAAAGGACAAAACAAAAAAAGAGCAACAGUUACAGCUCUUCAGCUGUGUCGUCGCACACACAAGCUGUUGCUUCGGCCGCCGCCAGUCGUUCGUCUUCUCCGACUGUCGUGGCUAUGAACAAUGUUGCCACCAACAAUGUAGCAGUUGAAGAACCUAUGGAGGAAGAAUGGACCUACGAUCCCAACGAACCUCGUUACUGCGUCUGUAACCAGGUGUCAUAUGGUGACAUGGUUGCUUGUGACAAUCAAGACUGUCCGUUCGAGUGGUUCCAUUACCCGUGCGUGGGCAUCACAGCUCCGCCGAAGGGCAAGUGGUACUGUCCGCAAUGUCAGUCCAACAUGCGCCGUAACCGCACUCACAGGAAGAACUGA